AUAAUCUGGUUCAACUUGGCCUCAAAUGCAGGACCUGGUCUUCCUCUUCAUGACAUCUGCAAGAGACCCAGGAAUAGUGCCAAGGAACACAAGAACACCACCUGAAGCUGAUGAAUUACUGCUUGGCUCCAACACACCAUCCAUGGACUGGAGCGAUGGGAGAACCCCACAGAUGAGGUUUCGCCGGGCCAAGGAUGUCAUUGUGAAUGGCUUCGCAGUGAAGGUGAAGUUUUGCGAGACCUGUCUGCGGUACCGCCCACCACGAUCCUCGCACUGCUCCAUCUGCAACAACUGUGUCCACAAGUUUGAUCAUCACUGCCCAUGGGUUGGUCAGUGCAUUGGACUUAGGAAUUACCGCUACUUCUUCCUUUUCAUAGCAACAUCAACUUUCCUGUGCAUAUUCAUCUUUGUUUUUGCAUGGCUGAGUGUCUACAGCCAAAUGAAAGACAACGGUGGCUCUAUGUGGAUGGCCUUGCGCAAGGAAGCAUACUCUUUUGCGCUAAUCAUAUAUACUUCCAUUGUUGUUUGGUUUGUCGGUGGCCUCACUGUAUUCCAUCUCUAUCUGAUCGGUACUAAUCAGACAACAUAUGAGAACUUCAGAUACCAUUACGACAAGAAAGACAAUCCCUACCGAAAGAGAAUCGCAGCAAACUUUGCGGAAGUGUUCUUUACCAAGAUACCUCCUCCAAUGACCAAUUUCCGUUCGUGGGUAGGUGAGGGUGCACUUGAAGCUGGAUUUUACACUCCGUACAUUGGGCUGGAUGUGACAACCCCGAGGGAGAAGAUUGAUCUAGACAGGGAAAACAAAGAAGUACUUGUUGGGGGCGUGCAGAUCCCAACAGUACUUCAGAAUAUAGACUAUGGUUCCUUUGAAGAUAGCUCAGAGGACAAGAACAGGAUUGAGGGCGAAAAAACAGUGCAUUUUCCUUCAGCUUGGGCACAGGGAAAUGAAGGUGCUGGAACAUCUGCAACAGCUACCACAGCAUGCAACGAUGAAACAAGCGAGGACGAUCUUAAUGAAAUUGAUAGCCCGAAUAUAACUUCCACUCAAGCAUCUGCAGAAGCUAACUCAGAACCACCAGGUGAGGGUGAUGCUACAGAAAGUGAUAGUUCAAACAGAACUGCCCAAUCUCCAGGAGCCAUGAAUCCAUGAUCAAAUAGCUUCCUUUAGAUGUGUAUAUCUGGGAAUUUGUUUGUAGAUAGCUAGAUAUGGCCAUUGUGAUUUGUGGUUGACAUGAUUCUUUAUAACAUACAUGAUAACU